CAGUUGAUUAUAUCAAUUCGUCGCAAGUGGUUGUGAAUUUGUGUAAACGCCAAGACAAACUGAACUCAUAUUAAUAAAAUUUCCAAUCAUAAAAAUUAAAUAUAGUAUAUUUAUUAAUUGAAAACCGGUGAUUCAAAAAAAAAAAAAAAGAAAACGAAAGGCCGAUUUGCAUCGUAUAAUUUCUACCAGAUAGAAGUGAAAAGAAAGAAUUUUAAACUAAAAAACUUGGUGUGCAAACAAAUUAUAGUGCGUUGAAAAUCAAAUUUAACAGACAUUUAAUUUAUUAAAAAAUAAAAAUCAAACAGAAGUGCAUAAAAGCAUUGGUGUACAAAACAAUCGUUUACUUUGUUCUAUCUGUCUAAUAUUUGUAGAGCUUAUUAACUAAAAAUUGUCCAAUUGAAAUUUGUGUUACAAAAAUGUCGGAAUCUACCGCCACUCAAAACUCCUCUGCGCGUAAUAAACAUUGCCCGCCGCCCCCAAGACGUAAUAGCAAAAAUUGUGGCGGCGGCGGCACAGAAUAUCUUGAUAUAACGAAAGAGGAGUUUGCGCGCAUCGAAGAUGCUUUAAAAAAAGAAGAAUUUCGAAAAUUAUUCUUUGAAUAUUGUGAAGAAAUACAAGAUCCGGAAAAUCGUAAACUAUACGAGCAAGAAAUUAAACAAUUUGAAGCAGAACGCGGAGUAGAUGUGCGUUUUAUAAAUCCUGAACCGGGUUUCGUGAUUAAAACAUCAGAGGACGGGGUAACUAAGUGUUUCGUAAAUGUAGCAAAAUGUGCUGAACUAACGCGUCCAUCGAAUAAGUUGUGCCUAAAUCCAGAAACGGGUAAUCCCGACUUAAGCUGGUCAAUACCGCUUGCGCAAGCGCCACCACGUGACGAUUUAGAUGCACAGGGAAAGCGUUGUCGCGUUUACGAUGUGAUUUUCCAUCCGGAUGCGUUGUAUUUGUCACAACGAGAUUCCGCUUUCCGUAAGUGCCUCAUUGACACAGCGCUGGACGCUGUCGAAAGAGAAUUCAAGGUGGAUUUGGAUCGUACAAAUUUAAAAUUUCCAAAACUACAAUUUAAGGGCAUGGCGCGCCCGAUUGUGAUACGCACAUUGUCGAAAAAUGCGCCACCAGAGGCUGCCGAACCACACCCCUUGGAUGGCAUUUCACCCGCCAAGCCAUCAGUUGAUGCCGGCGAACCCAAAAUUAUACCGAUGAAAACACAAAACGAAAUAGCGAAACCUGAAUUUAAUGUACCCAAAUAUGUUAUUAAGCAUCGUCGUGAUGUUGAUCUCACAGAAUACACCUAUGAAUUAGACGCUAAGUUCAGUGUGACGGUGCCGCGUGAGUUGGUGAUAGAAAUUGAGUUACCUCUCCUCAAGUCUACAGCCGAAUGUAAAUUGGAUGUGACAGAUAAGUCAUUAUAUUUAUUGAGCGAACGUCCCGGCGCAAAGUAUCGUCUCAAUUUAGAUCUCCCCUAUGCUGUGGAUGAUAAGAGCGGUGUUGCACGCUUUGAUACAGAUCAACGACGUUUGUGUAUAACACUGCCAGUUACACAGAAUAGUCCAAGACAGCAACGUGCCAUGCAUGAUUCCAUUUUCCAACUCAAUCGCGAAGACAGCGGUGUGGAGAGUGAUAUUCGCGAAGAGGGCAAUUUGCAUUCGAAUAGCGAAUCACCCGUAGAUGAACUAAGUGACACGGUGGAGGAAAAUCUGAGCGCAUCUGGUGACGAUAUGAAUUCACCGCAGUCUUCCAGCUCGCCAGUGCCACCUUCAAUAAGCACUGCCAACAAUUUCCUUAAGAGUUCCGUUCAGUAUCAACUACCCGCCAAAUUCGACUGCAAUGUCUUGGACAAUGUUAUGUCUUUGGUACUACACGUUCGCAAUGUACAGCCGGAGUCAAUAGCAAUGCUUAGAAGCACUAAGAGUCUACAUCUACAAUUUACAUCGAUUGGCAGCGGUUAUUAUCCGACGCAUUAUGCACUCUACUUGCAACUGCCUGAUGAUUCUAAUGCUGAAAUUUCCUCAGCGGAAGCUGAAGCUUGGGAAAAUAAUGUAGUACUAAAUCUGAAUAUGGCUGCCUCCAGUGAGAAUAUACACAACUACUUAGUUGGUAUUGACGCCAGUGAUUUGAAAGAGUACACAAUACAGGGAAAAUUCAAAUUGGCUCACAAAUCGCGUCAAUCACGUAAGAAGUCGCCACCAACGCCCCCAAUUUCACUUUCCUCAUCAUUGGACAUUUCCGUUGAACGUUCGGAGUGUGAACGCUCGGUGGAAAUCGAAAUAAAACCUACUAACGAAGUACAAUCUACCUGUACGGCCAACACCACAGAAGAUGAGGAUGGUUUGGUGCAUGCAGCCGAUGCGGCGCCAAAGAAAGUGAACAAAAAACAAAAGAAGAAGAAUAAGAAACGUCGUUCACUCUCCGAAUCGGUGUGUGACGACAUUAAAGUGUAUCAAAAACAGCAGCAACAACAACAGCAGGAACAGCAAAAACAAUUUUUAAAAGAGGCUGCUAAAAUUUUGAAAGAUGAUUCUUCUAAUUCACCGGAUGAUAACUCAUCACCGGAACGUAAUGACACAAUAACAUCCAACCUACAGCCACAAUCAAUGGCAACCCAGUCAAUGGCUGUUCCAAACGGUGUACAACAACGAAAACAACGUAGCUAUUCGGAGUGUCGUAGCGGUGGUAGUUUGGUAAGUAGCGGUGCUUCCACUCUACCACCCUCCUUCAAGGGUAUUUUGAAACGCUACAGCCGUUAUGAGCCACGUCCAUCGAUUUCCGACAGCUGUUCGUCUAUCGAUGAAUAUUCGUCGUUCUCUUGUUCCGUGGAUGGUGGCGUGGGGAGCAGCUUGCAUUUCUCCCAAUCAUUCAGCGACAUACCGGAGGAAAACGACUCCAAUAGGCUAUCGGAGAGUUGUAAAAAGACUGUUAGAUUUAAUGAGGUCAUCAAAGAGCAGGUAUUUAGGCUAAAUUCCAGCAUUUUGGGGCAACGUAAGAAAAACCAGAAACGCCGUGAUCGCAAACAGCGCGCCUUGCAGCGCCGUCUCAGCGAAGGCGAUUCUGCCGACUACGAAGAUAACAGCAAGCCCAUUGACUUGGACGCUGACACCCAAUAUCUAAAAUCGAAGAGUAAAGGCGGUGACAGCGCAGACAACAGUAUUCAUAAGCCGCCGCAUGCUGGUGGCAAGCAGGCCAAUAAAUAUAACACCGCCAACAAGCAGCAGCAGCAGCACAACGCAAAGGGCGGCAGCAAAAUGCAACGCGCACGUCUCGAAUCGGAGGAGUCAUCCGACGCGGAUGCUCACAGGAACACGAUGAUGUUCGAACUCGAUAUGUAGUGAUAGUGGCCGUGUAUAGCGAAUGCAUGCGCCACAGCAGAGUGGAAUUGUACAAACAACAAACAAUCAUAAAGAAGCAACAGCGACAAAUUAACUCGCGCAAUUACAAAAGCAACACAAACCACCACCCACCAUAUAAUUAAACAUCGUCUCAUCUUACAUUGUUUGUGUAUACUGUAAGCAGUGCAUGUAUUCUAUUUAGACAUAUGUUUUAACUACUUAUAUACCAUACUUACAUAUAUUUAUAUAUGAUUUGUUGCAAAUAUGCUUAUGUAUAUGUGUAUUUACAAUUUUCAUUUUGCCUUAAUUGUCAAACAUUAUUAAGUAAUUUUUAUAUGCUUAAAAUUUGUAGUUGCUAAAACACAAACACACACAGAAACACACGAACAAAAAAAAACAAAAAUAAUUCGACAUUUUAAAUGUGAAUUUUAUAAUUGUAAGCUGUUGCAUGAGAAAUUGUAAAUUAUUACUUGAAGAAAAAAUUUACUUCAAAGAAAAAUUUGUUACCAUUUACAGACACUUUGGCAUAAGCUGUGUCGCAAUUGUUUGAUAUAUUAAAAAAAAUUAGCUGUUUUCGAUUGAUUUUAUUUAGCGUAAGAAAUUGGAAUUGUUAAUUAUACAUACAACAACAACUAUUGGUAAAAUUUGUACUUUGAAAUUUGUAAAAAGCAACUACAACAGCAACAAUUUUAGCAUACAUAUGUAAACAUUCUCAUCCUCAUCGCAUACAUGCGUUCAUACGUACAUACAUACAUUUCUUUACAUACAAGUUGUACAAUUUUUAAAUACAAUACAAUUAAUGCAUGUUCUCAUAUGCUCAUACAUGGACUCAAUACAUUCUGAGCACUUUAAUUAUUAUAUUGAAAUGAAAAAUGUUAAUAAAAUAUUUUAAAAUUAUAAA